AUGCAUGGGUCAACGUCUCCGCAUUCGGCCAGUGACGGUGCUGGACCGUUUGAGAGCCACAAGGCAUGUGCGCGGAAGGCCUUCCCACGGUGUGGCUUCAUUGAUGGGAUCGAGUGCCGCGGCAUCAGCCGAGAGCAGCUGCAGAGGUUUGCAGCCUUUGCCGCAGCCAACUGCAACCUGUGGCCUGUGAAUGACCAGCCAAAGCUGGGCAUCAGCACGAUGAGCUUCAAUCAUUUGAACGAGUUCUUGAUAUUGCCAACUACAGAGGAUCAGGAUUGCUCUGCUGUUGAGCUUGUAGCCGAGAAGCCGCAGAGCUCUGUCCUCUUCAUAAGUCACCGGUGGGGUGAUCUCCUGGUGGAUUUCCUGGAUUGUCUGACUUCUUAUUACCGUGCAAAAGAGCUCAGAGAGGAUUCGUUCAUGUGGAUGUGUGUCUUCGCCGAAAGGCAGCAUUCUUUGCAGCGACACCUUGCUGUUGAGCCUAGCUUCAUCAGGGCUUUGACUCGAGCGGAGCACGUCCUGCAGAUGCUUGGGCGGGGAAGCGAAUAUGAUCCUCAGUCGGGCUUUGGGCCCUUCUUCUCGAGGGCCUGGUGCCUUUUGGAGGUUAGCAAGGCGAUGGAGCUGAAAAAGGUUGUUGACUACGCCGUCGUGAUGGCAGAUGGACCGCAAAUACUCGUGGAGAGCAUCCUGGACCAGGUGGGCCAAAUGGAAAAAAAGACACCGCGAUCGACAGCCAGAUGUACGCGGCUGCGAGAGUCUACAUUUCCGAUUGAGGUGUUGGUGACCGGCCUUCAGCUUGACAUCCAGGCAGCACACACCGCCGCCGAGGCAGACCAUGACAGAAUCCUGAAGUAUAUUGCAGGCUUGCGACCUGAUCAUGUCUUGGAGCCAGGCGACAUGAGACCAUUUCAGGAGGACCUCCGCAAGUUCAAUGCCAGACUACGCGCGGAGCUGGCUUUGGCCUCAUGGUUUCAGGCCGUCCAGAGUCAGACGGACGCCAAGCGCUUGGCACGUGCUUUGAUCGGAGACGAGACCCGCACAUCGCUUAUGAAGAACUUUGCUUACAGCUCACGGUUCGAUGAUCGCCAGCUGGCUAUUCUGGCAGCAGCGCUGCCCAGUCACCUCCGGCACCUAGAGCUUUCCUUUUGGAUGUGCAGCGAAAUUGGGUCUCCUGGCCUGAGAGCUUUCUGCAAAACGCUUCCGCAGCUGAAGCAACUGGAGACACUGACGCUGGACUUUCAGAUGUGUUCGCGGAUUGGACAGACAGGCAUCGAUGCUCUUGGCCUGUGCCUGCCAGCUACGAUCGUGAGCUUGAGCCUGAAUUUUGAGCGCACGCACAUCCGCAGCGUCCUGGCCUUGUCCAAGGGCAUUGCCAGCCUGAAAAACCUGAGGGUGCUGGGCCUUGACUUUGGAGGCAUUGACAACAUCGACGACCGGCAAGUCAGUGGGAUUUCUGAAUGUCUGCCGCCGCGGCUGAUCAACUUACAUCUUGCUCUGAGGGGAUGUCCUUAUUUCACGACGCUUGGAGUUCACUCUUUGGUCUUGGGACUGCCGCCUGACAUGUCCAUGUUAUCCCUCAACUUCAGCAGCUGUGACCGCAUCAACAAUGAUGCAGUGAAGUGGCUGGCUCACAAGCUGCCACGCAUGCUCAAGGUCCUGCGCGUGGACCUCUCCGAUACACAGGUUGAUGACGCUGCCGCUAUGCUGCUGAUGCAGCGGCUGCCUUCGGCACUCCAAGGAGCCAAAAUCAGCCUCGGGAACACCAGAGUGUCUCCUUCCAUCCAAAGGGCCUGCCGCAAGCUGGAAACCAUUCGCAGCCUGUUGGUGGAUGGGGCUCUGCGUUCUCAGCCUGCGGAAAAAUUGGCCAUCGCACGGCGCAUUCGACGCAAAAGCCCAGCCAAACGUAGUGGCACGACCACGAUCGACACAUCAGAGUUCAGCUUCGCUUCGCCCACAUUUUCGUCAAAGGCUCACUUCACCCGCUCGUUUUCAGGUUUCGGAGACGCCUCGGUGGGGCCUUCAAUCCGCUUCCUCCUGUCGCUGACACACCAGACCGGCAAGAGAGGUAGUGGGAGCGCGGGAUCUUGCUUGAACACCUCUAUUGGCUCAUCCGGCUGGGGCUCAGAGGCCGCUGACGAAGGCGAAGAUGUGGACGAGGCCCUGCAGAUCCACCAGGAAGACUCCUGGGUCAUCAUUGACAGCUUCUUCCAGGAGAAAGGGCUGGUGUUCCAGCAGUUGGGGUCAUUUGAUCAGUUUAUCGUCUAUGAGAUGCAGCGAGUGGUUGACGCUCAAACUCCGAUCGAGUGUUCCCCGCAGGACCAGUACAAUCCUGAGGAGAAAGUUGACAGCAAGAAAGUUUAUGUGUGGAAGUUUGGGCAGCUUCACUUCAACAAGCCAACUGUGGAUGAGACGGAUGGCACCGCCCGAAUCCUCACUCCACGUGAGGCGCGCUUGCGGAAUCUCUCCUAUGCAGCGCCCGUGUUCGUGGACAUAGAACGAAAGGUGUACCAAGUCAACGAGGACGGUGAGAGGACGUUGACCCAAGAGGACAACUACUCCAAGGUCUUCCUGAUGCGGAUGCCCAUCAUGGUGAGGACGGAGUAUUGCUGGCUAAAAAACGCCAACGACCGUGUUCUCACAGAGUUCGGUGAGUGCCCGCUCGACCAGGGUGGAUACUUCAUCAUAAAUGGCUCCGAGAAGGUGUUGAUCGCCUUGGAGCGCAUGGCAAAUAAUUUUGUAUAUGCCUUUGCCAAGAAACAGCCUUCAAAGUAUGCCUGGGUGUGCGAAAUCCGCUCUGCCCUUUUUGAGGGCUCGGCUGGCAACUCGGGCUUUGCAGUGAAGCUUCUGACCAAUAUGGGCUCGAAGUCCUACUGCCGGGGCCAGUUAGUGUGCACUUGUCCAUACAUCCGGACGGAGAUUCCACUGGUGAUUAUGUUCCGCGCUUUGGGAAUUGUUGCAGACAGAGACAUUCUUGAACGCAUUGUGUUCGACAUGAGCGACUUUGCAAUGCUCAAUGCAUGCAGACUAUCCAUUGAGGAUGCCGCUCCGAUAUCUACGCAGGAAAUGGCAUUGGAUUACAUCGCCAAGCGAGGACCCACAAUGGGCGCCACCCGGGAUAUGCGAAUCCAGUAUGCCCGCGAGCUGCUCCAAAAGGAGCUGUUGCCGCACAUUGGCAGGACUCGCAACAUUGAGGGGCGCAAAGCCUACUUCAUUGGCUACAUGACCAACCGGCUUUUGCUGGGUUUCCUCGGCCGCAAUCCUGAGGAUGAUCGAGAUCACUUUGGGAAGAAGCGGAUUGACUUGGCGGGUGCGCUCGUGUCUGCCUCCUUCACAGGUCUUUGGCGAAAAAGCGUCAAGGAUCUGAGGAAGCUGCUGCAACGACAGCUUGACAAGGGUAAGAUCCCAGAUAUCGUGGAAUGCGUGAAGCAGGCGUCCUGCCUCAGCCAGGGAAUGAAGUACCAGUUCGCGACUGGCAACUGGGGGCAGGACAAGCAAGGGAAGCCCGUGCGAACGGGUAUUUCUCAGGGAUUGAAUCGCCUGACAUUCAUGGCAACGCUCUCCCACCUCAGGCGAAUGAUCACGCCUCUGGCGCGUUCAGGAAAGCUGGUGAAGCCCAGGCAACUUCACAACACGCACUGGGGACUGGUGUGUCCUGCAGAAACUCCGGAGGGGCAGGCAGUUGGCUUGGUGAAGAACAUCUCGCUGAUGUGCUGGAUUACGCUCGGUUCUGCGCAGACCAUCAUCGAAGAUUUCCUCGACGAGUGGGGAGUCCUGGACUUGAUGGAAUGCACACCUGACCACAUCAAGACCUACUCCAAGGUGUUCCUGAAUGGAAUUUGGGUGGGCAUGCACAAGAACCCGGCAGAGUUAAGGAACACGCUGCAAAGCUUGCGGCGGCGAAAAGACAUUGAUUCAGAGGUGUCCAUCCAGCAGGACCUGAAGAACAAUGAAAUUCGCAUUUCCUCAGAUUGCGGAAGGUGUUCCCGUCCUCUGUAUAUUGUGGACUACGAAGAGCAAAAGGUGUUGAUUAACAACGCCCACGUAGACAAGGUCAAAAAGGGAGAGUGGGAAUGGGGUACGCUUAUGCGUGAAGGACUGAUUGAGUACCUUGAUGCAGAAGAGGAGGAGUGCUCCAUGAUUGCGAUGUUCAUCCACGACCUAGUCAAGACCAAGGCCUACUGCAAGACCUACACCCAUGCAGAGAUCCAUCCGGCCAUGAUCUUCGGCAUUUGUGCAUCGAUCAUCCCGUUUCCGGACCACAACAUGAGUCCAAGGAAUGUCUUCCAAUCUGCGAUGGGCAAGCAAGCCAUUGGUGUGUUUGGCACAAACUUCUAUGCACGAAUGGACACGUUUGCAUGCGUCAUGUGCUAUCCUAUGAAGCCGUUUGUGGGAACUCGAUCCAUGAACUACUUGCGCUUCCGGGAGAUGCCGGCCGGUGUGAACACCAUCGUCAUGAUUAUGUGCUACACAGGCUACAACCAGGAAGAUUCCCUGAUGUUGAGCCAAUCUGCUGUGGACAGGGGUUUCAUGAGAGCCGUCUCGUAUCGAUGCUACGCUGCUGAGGAGAAAUUUGAGGGCAAGAAGCCUGUCGAUGAGUUCUGCCGUCCCCACGACCACCGAACCCUGGGCAUCAAGAAUGGUGACUACAGCAAGUUGGAUUCUGAUGGCCUUGCCCAGCCUGGGACUCGUAUCCUUGGUGACGAUGUGCUGAUAGGCCGGACUUCAGUCCUGCCACCAGACAUGAUCCGUGAGGAGGUGGGACCCAAGAAGUACGACAGAAAGGACAGCUCCAUCCUAUGCCGGACGGCCGAAAGUGGUGUCGUCGACCAGGUCAUGGUCAGCCUCAACAAGGAUGGGUACAAGUUUACCAAAGUGCGUCUCAGAACUCUGAAAAUUCCGGAGGUUGGUGACAAGUUCGCUUCGCGGCAUGGCCAGAAGGGAACGCUUGGCAUCAUGUAUCGCCAAGAAGAUCUGCCUUUCACACACUUCGGCAUCACACCUGACAUCAUCAUGAACCCGCACGCCAUUCCAUCCCGGAUGACGAUUGGCCACUUGGUCGAGCAGCUGACGGGAAAGGUUGGUGCACUGGUUGGAUGUCAAGGGGAUGCCACGCCCUUCACGCGCGUGACCGUGAAGGACAUUUCAAGCAGGCUUCACGACAUGGGCUUCCAGCGCUUCGGGAACGAAAAGGUCUGGAAUGGACAUACUGGACGACCUCUUACCAACAAGAUCUUUGUCGGGCCUGUGUACUACCAGCGCCUGAAGCACAUGGUGAGUGACAAGGUCCAGUCGAGAUCCAGAGGCCCUGUGCAGACACUGGUGAGACAGCCAACCGAAGGCCGUGCCAAAGAAGGUGGCCUGCGAUUUGGUGAGAUGGAGCGUGACUGCAUCAUCUCGCACGGAGCGGCCAAAUUCUUGAAGGAACGACUCUUUGAUGUGUCUGAUGCGCACAGAGUUCACGUGUGCGACAAGUGUGGACUAUUUGCAGUUGCACGGCUGAGCAAAGACACCUACGAGUGCAAACUCUGCAAGGAUGCAGCGAGAGUGUCUCAGAUUUGCCUUCCGUAUGCCUGCAAGCUCAUGAUCCAAGAGCUGAUGACCAUGAACAUCCUCCCCCGCCUGACUUUGGUUGUGCAGUGA